AUGACAAAGGACAGCACAAAGGACAACACAAAGGACAGCACAAAGGACAGCACAAAUGACAGCACAAAAGACAGGGCAAAGGACAGCACAAAUGACAGCACAAAGGACAGGGCAAAGGACAGCACAAAGGACAUCACAAAGGACAACACAAAUAACAACACAAAGGACAGCACAAAGGACAGCACAAAGGACAGGGCAAAGGAUAGCACAAAGGACAACACAAAGGACAACACAAAGGACAACACAAAGGACAGUACAAAGGACAGCACAAAGGACAGGACAAAGGACAACACAAAGGACAACACAAAGGACAGCACAAAGGACAUCACAAAGGACAACACAAAGGACAGCACAAAGGACAGGACAAAGGACAACACAAAGGACAGGGCAAAGGACAACACAAAGUACAGGACAAAGGACAACACAAAGGACAACACAAAGGACAACACAAAGGACAGCACAAAGGAAAGGACAAAGGACAACACAAAGGACAACACAAAGGACAACACAAAGGACAGCACAAAGGACAACACAAAGGACAGCACAAAGGACAGCACAAAGGACAGCACAAAGGACAGAACAAAGGACAACACAAAGGACAGCACAAAGGACAUCACAAAGGACAGCACAAAGGACAGCACAAAGGACAGGACAAAGGACAACACAAAGGACAGGGCAAAGUACAGGACAAAUGACAACACAAAGGACAACACAAAGGACAACACAAAGGACAACACAAAGGACAACACAAAGGACAGCACAAAGGACAGCACAAAGGACAGCACAAAGGACAGGACAAAUGACAGGACAAAGGACAACACAAAGGACAGGACAAAGGACAGGGCAAAGGACAGGACAAAGGACAACACAAAGGACAGCACAAAGGACAGGACAAAGGACAGCACAAAGGACAGGACAAAUGACAGCACAAAGGACAGCACAAAUUACAUCACAAAGGACAGGACAAAGGACAGAACAAAGGACAGCACAAAGGACAGGACAAAGGACAGGGCAAAGGACAGGACAAAGGACAGCACAAAGGACAGGACAAAGGACAGCACAAAGGACAGCACAAAGGACAGGACUAAGGGGAGCACAAAGGACAACACAAAGGACAACACAAAGGACAGGGCAAAGGACAGCACAAAGGACAGGAAAAAUGACAGCACAAAGGACAGCACAAAUUACAUCACAAAGGACAGGACAAAGGACAGAACAAAGGACAACACAAAGGACAACACAAAGGACAACACAAAGGACAGGGCAAAGGAUAGCACAAAGGACAGGAAAACAAGUACCAGAACUUACACAUGCAAGAGAAAACAAUUCAGAUAA